AUGGAGGAGAAAGAGCCAUCAUUAAGUGACAAGUGCGCAAGUGCAACCAAGCCUCUUCCGGAAGAGAAGCACUUGGACGCUGGAAAGGAUAAUGGAGUGCAGCAAACAACUGCUACCGCGACUGCGAAUGCCCCUUUUUCUAAAAGGUACGAAUCACAGAAGAAGAGAGACUGGGGGACGUUUUUGUUUUACUACUCGAAGAUUCUGAAGCAUCCUGCUUCUUCAAGUGUGCCAUUAUGCACGGGAGCUGAUGUGAUUGCGUACAUGAAGCACAUGGAUCAAUUUGGGAAGACGAAAGUGCACAUUGCGGGUUGUGCCAACUAUGGAAGCCAGGAGAAGGGUACGUCGUGCGAUUGUCCACUGAAGCAAGCCUGGGGCAGCCAGGAUUCGCUGAUUGGGCGGCUGAGAGCUGCCUGCGAGGAAUGUGGAGUUGAUCCCAAGGCCAACCCUUUUGCUUCCAAGGAAGUGCGGUUUUACUUGAAGGGGAUGAAGGAGGAACAGGAUAAAGCCAGAGGGACUUCUUUCAUGAAGAAGAGAAAGAGGAAGAAACCCCAGGCUACCACAGAGGCCCAAAGCUCUGAGCCAGCAGCUAAUCUUCCUGAAGCUGGCGGUGUUGAAACAGCUAGCCUUCCUGAAGCUGGUGGACCGGCAGCGGCGAUGGACAAUAGUAAGGCUGUCGAUGCUGUUGGUUCUCCGACAGCUUAG